AUGGUCGAACUGAUCUCUCCUCCUGAUCCUCACACCUUGCUUCCGCCUCUUCUGGCGUGUCUCCCCACGGCCUUCGUCUCCACACGGCCUCCUCCAGCGCUUCUUCCUCUACUAUCCCCCAUCCUUCGCCAGCGAGUCCAGAUCCUCAGCUCAGUUUCCACCUCUCCAACCGAUUCAUGGCUACGAUUACUCUGCUGGGAUGUAGACAAGGCGGAGCAUCUACAGACGUUGGUUGACCGGGCGAAUUUCGAGCCUCACCCCGUUUCAGGAGAGAUCGAAGUUCCGGGAGACGUUUCGAUUGCGUACAAGCGGGUGGACGAAGAGACUUUACACUCACAGAUGCUGCUGCCUGAAUUUGGCCUGAAAACGGUUUAUCUGUGGUGUCCCAAUGACCAGGAAGGAGGGGGUCCCGGUUGGCGCCUGGCGGAGCUGAUGCCUCACGAAGGUGGCGCCGAGACCGAUGGAGUCUGGUCAUCGUCGAUUGGAGAGGCUAACGCCCAGGCAAAGGAGCAGCUGGUGGAGGAUGCUCUUAGAGAAGCGGAGAACAACGAGCAGAUUCCGUCGCAGGACUCAAAGCAGGAGGAAGAGGCGGACGAUGAUGAUGAUUAUUGGGCCCAAUACGAUGCUACUCCCGGAAGGACCCCGAAUGUCAAAACGCCCGCCCCUAAUCCAGUUUCGUCCCUGCAGCGCCAGGUCACGUCCGAGGCAUCGUAUUUCUCCCGGUAUGCGGAUGUGCAGCCGGCCAUGGACAACCACGAUCCAUCGGAAGAGCAGUCGGAGUUGGGUCCGUCCUCCCUCAACGGAGACAUGCUGGCCAGUCUCCUGCGACAGCAGGUGGACAGCUCGAACGCGGAGGAAACAACUUGCCCCGACAGCCAUGCCGCCAAUGGAGCAUCUGCGGAUCAGGCCCACCCUGCGUCGCUGAGCCAUCCGCGACCAUCUUCGGCAUCCUCAACCAGCUCCGACGCGAUCGCAAAGCUGGAGCAGGAGGCAGAAAACCAGUCAGCCUGUGAAGUGGGUGUGAAGCAGCACAUCAGCUCGAACAUCAAGAGCCUAUUCCGCCUGGCAAAGAUCACCGGUAUCUCACGCGCCGAGUUCCAGUCCCUCGUCAAGACGGAACUGGAGAUGUUGGAUUUGUCUGAUCAUGACGAUUAA